AUGCCGAACAAAUACAAAAAACAAUUAGGUUCACGAACCUACAGAAAUUAUAGUGAUGAACAAUUAGAAAAAUGCCUAAAUGAAGUAAAAAAUAAGAUCAAGACACAAAGAGAAGCUGCACGUGCAUAUGGUAUUUCGCGUAGAACUAUAAACUACAAACUUAAAGACCUUCACAAUUCAAAGAUUGGUCGUCCAGAUAUAUUUUCUACCAACGAGGAGAAAAGUUUUGUUGACCAUAUAAUAGUUAUGAGUAACUAUGGAUUUCCUAUUGACAAAACUGAUUUAAGACAUAUUGUAAAAUCAUAUUUGGAUAGAAUUGGUAGAAAGGUUAGUGUGUUUAAAAACAAUUUACCAGGGCUGUCUUGGACCGCAAAUUUUAUAAAGCGCCAUAAGAACCUAAGUAUUCGAUUGGCUUCAAAUAUUAAGAGGACAAGAGCUGCAAUUGAUAAAGAAAUUUUAGAAAAUUAUAUAUUAAAUUUAAAGGAAACUCUGUCUGGUGUACUUCCUGAAAAUGUUUAUAAUUACGAUGAAACUAAUUUGACUGACAACCCUGGUCAAAAAAAAGUCUUAGUUAAGCGAGGAAGUAAAUAUCCAGAACGAAUAUGCAACACUUCUAAAGUUGCUAUUAGUCUUAUGAUGUGUGGAAAUGCUAAAGGAGAAAUAUUACCUCCUUAUGUUGUAUACAAAGCUAAAGGUCUGUGGGAACCUUGGACACAAAAUGGUCCCAAAAAUUGUCGGUAUAACACUAGUCCUUCAGGCUGGUUUGAUGCAAACAUAUUCCAAGAUUGGUUUGAAAAAACACUUCUGCGUCAUUUAAAAAAAAACCCGGGGAAAAAAGUUGUCAUAGGGGAUAAUUUAUCUUCACAUUUAUCUUCUUAUAUUAUUGACAUUUGUAAAAAAGAAAAUAUAUACUUUGUGUGCCUCCCUCCAAAUAGCACACACCUUACGCAACCAUUGGAUGUUGCAUUUUUCCAUCCAAUGAAGGUGGACUGGCGAAAAAUAUUAUCCGAAUGGAAGAAGGUUUAA